UAGAAUAAUGUAGGCGUAAGUAUGUAUGGAUCUCCAUUGAAGUCCAGCUAGGCAAGCCGCAAGCGUAGCUUCGACUCGCAGAAGACGCGCCUAUCUGUCUCUCUCAGCAAGCUCACACUCUUUGCGCAGAGACAGGGAGAGCAAGUGAGAGAGAGAGAGAGAGAGAGUUCAACCACUGACCAAAAGUUAAAGAAAGGAAAAAAAAGCAAAGAGAGUGAACGAAAAUCAAAGCACCAUUUCUCACUCUUCUCACUCUCAGAUUCGCUCAAAUUCUUGCUACUCUGGUCAUAUGAUGAAUUGGACUUGUGAUUUUGCUGGGAUCACUAAUACUUUUUUUAAAGUAUAAGUGCCUUAUAUAGUCAACUUGACCUGGUAGUUUUGAUAUCCAUUAUUCACACUACAUGCCAUCCUGCUCAGAUCCCACAAGUUUAUGAUCAGAACCUUUUGAAGUGUAAUGCAUUCCACUCUAAUACACGUCCAUCUUUGCUGGUGCGUUUUGUGUGGACAUCUGUUUAUGUAUGUGCUUUCCCUUGGUUCGGCACAAUAUGGAAUAGGGCCUAUUCAGACUGAUAAUGGUUCAUAUGUCCAUUCGUUGAAAUCUCUAAACUAUGCUCCUGAUACUAGGUCCUUAACCCAAAUUCGAAGUACAUGUCCUUUUCUGCUUAGUGAUUCAGUAUCUUGUGAAAAUCUUGAAGGUGUUGGAUCUUUCAGUACCACAUGCCUGCUGAAUACUAACAUAUAUUUGGAUUCUGAUCUUCAUGUAAAUGGUUCUGGGAAUAUCGAGAUACUUCCUCAUGUUAUGAUAUCUUGUCCUAUAGAAGGCUGUUUGAUCAGUAUAAAUGUAUCAGGAAACAUCAAAGUGGGUAAAAGUGCAUCCAUAGCUGCUGGUUCUGUUGUUCUAGUUGCUGCCAAUAUCACUAUGGAGUAUGGCUCUUCUAUAAACACGACUUCCUUGGGUGGAUCACCACCUUCUCAGACGAGUGGUACACCAGUGGGAUAUGAUGGAGCUGGUGGAGGACAUGGUGGACGAGGAGCGUCCUGUUUGAAAGGCAAUCAAACAAAUUAUUGGGGAGGGGAUGUUUAUUCUUGGUCUACUCUAUCUGAGCCCUGGAGUUAUGGGAGUAAAGGUGGCGGCACAUCUAUGGAGCAUAAAUUUGGUGGAAGGGGUGGCGGACGUGUCAGGAUUGAAGUGAAGGACACUUUAUAUUUGAAUGGGUACAUUAUGGUCGAAGGUGGGGAUGGUGGAUCAAGAGGUGGAGGGGGCUCUGGUGGAAGCAUUAUCAUACGUGUGCUGAAACUAAAGGGAUUCGGUACUAUAAGUGCUGCUGGUGGGAGAGGAUGGGGCGGUGGUGGAGGUGGAAGGAUAUCACUGAAGUAUCAUAGUAGACAAGAAGAUGUAAAAGUCACCAUGCAUGGUGGUUGUAGUAUUGGCUGUCCUCAGAAUUCUGGAGCAGCUGGUACUUAUUUUGACGCCUCUGUACUUAGUUUAAGAGUUGGGAACGAUAAUAUCACAACAGAAACAGAAACUCCUUUGCUGGAUUUUUCAACCAGUCCAUUGUGGUCAAAUGUCUAUGUGGAGAACAAUGCAAAAGUAUUAGUUCCCCUGAUCUGGACCAGAGUUCAGGUGAGAGGACAGAUAAGUCUUCUUUGUGGGAGCAGUAUAAUUUUUGGCCUCUCUGAUUACCCAGUUUCAGAAUUUGAGGUUGUUGCCGAAGAACUGUUGAUGAGUAAUUCCAGCAUAAAGGUUUAUGGUGCACUCAGAGUAUCUGUCAAAAUGCUACUCAUGUGGAACUCUACUAUCCAAAUUGAUGGUGGUGGAACUGUUACCAUCUCUAUUCUUGAAGUCAGGAACCUUGUUGUUCUCACGGAAACCUCAGUCAUUAGUUCCAACAAAAACUUAGCUGUAUACGGGCAGGGACUUCUGACAUUAACUGGCCGUGGCGAUGCAAUCAAAGGCCAAAGGCUUUCCUUGUCACAAUUUUACAACAUCACUGUUGGACCGGGUUCUGUACUUCAGGCCCCAUUGGAUGACGACAAUAGCAAGAAUGUUGUGACAAAGUCACUUUGUGAGAGUCCAAUAUGCCCAAUGGAUUUGAUUACUCCACCUGAUGAUUGCCAUGCUAACUAUACAUUAUCAUUUUCAUUGCAGAUUUGUCGUGUUGAAGACAUUCUUGUAAGCGGUGUUAUAAAAGGAAGCAUUAUUCACAUCCAUCGGGCAAGGACUGUUAUUGUUGACUUGGAUGGAAUGAUAACUGCAUCAGAAUUUGGAUGCAGAAGAGGCGUUGGUCAGGGAAACUACUCGAAUGGAGCCGGUGGUGGUGCUGGACAUGGGGGAAAAGGAGGAUCUGGAUUUUACAAUGGUAUAUUGACUAGAGGUGGGAACAAAUAUGGUGAUGCUGAACUACCAUGUGAAUUAGGUAGCGGGACCCAAGGCCCUGAUGGCUCAUCUAGAAAUUUAGCUGGAGGUGGGAUGAUAGUGCUCGGAUCUCUGCAGUGGCCUCUUCUAAUUCUCCAACUUAAUGGUUCUAUGAGGGCUAAUGGUCAGAGUUUAACUACAUUUGCAUCCAAGAGUAAUGAUAGUUUGAUAGCUGGACUUGGUGGUGGCUCUGGUGGCACAAUUCUCCUUUUCCUUGAAGCACUAGUUAUUUUGGAGAACUCCACUUUGUCAGUUUCAGGAGGUCAUGGUGGUCCACAUGGUGGAGGCGGUGGUGGCGGUGGAAGAGUUCAUUUUCAUUGGUCUAAGAUAGAUGUGGGAAAUGAAUAUACUCCACUUGCUACAAUAACUGGUACAAUUGACAAUAGUGGGGGUGCUGGAGAUGGCGGAGGGCAACAUGGAGAUGAUGGGACUAUUACUGGAAAAAAAUGUCCAAAAGGUCUCUUUGGUAUAUUCUGCGAGGAAUGCCCUAUUGGCACAUACAAGGAUGUUGAGGGCUCAAAUGCCAGUCUCUGCAUUCCCUGUCCACUAGAGCUUCUUCCAAAUCGUGCAAGCUAUAUUUAUACCCGAGGGGGAGUUAGUCGAAGAUCAUGCCCAUAUAGAUGUAUAUCUGACAAAUACAGGAUGCCAAACUGUUAUACACCUCUGGAAGAGCUUCUAUAUACAUUUGGUGGACCGUGGCCUUUUUCCUUUCUUCUGUCAUUUGUUCUAGUGCUUACAGCUCUGUUGUUAAGCACCUUACGAGUUAAAUUUGUGGGAUCAAAUACUUCACAUCAUACAGAAAGUUCAAUCGAACAACAAAGUCAUCAGCAUUUUCCUUAUCUCCUCUCCCUUUCAGAGGUUCGAGGUACCAGAGCUGAAGAAACACAAAGCCAUGUUUUUAGAAUGUAUUUCCUGGGUCCAAAUACAUUCAGAGAACCUUGGCAUCUUCCUUAUUCUCCUCCCAAUGCAAUUAUUGAGAUAGUGUAUGAGGAUGCUUUUAAUAGAUUCAUUGAUGAGAUCAACUCUGUUGCUGCGUAUGACUGGUGGGAGGGAUCAGUUCACAGUAUCCUAUCUGUGCUUGCAUAUCCUUGUGCCUGGUCCUGGAAACAAUGGCGCAGGAGAAAUAAGAUCCAACGUCUUCAGGACUAUGUUAAAUCUGAAUAUGAUCAUUCAUGCCUGCGAUCAUGCCGUUCGAGGGCCCUCUACAAAGGAAUGAAGGUUGGAGCAACCCCGGACUUGAUGGUUGUAUUCAUUGAUUUCUUCCUUGGAGGUGAUGAAAAACGAGUGGAUAUGGUAACCAUUAUCCAGAAAAGGUUUCCUAUGUGCAUAAUUUUUGGUGGGGAUGGGAGCUUUAUGUCACCUUAUAAUCUUCAUACCGAUGCAUUGAUGACAAAUCUUAUUGGGCAGCAUGUACCUGCAACUGUUUGGAAUCGUUUGGUAGCAGGUUUGAAUGCUCAACUAAGAAUAGUAAGGCACCGAGCAAUUCGUUAUGCUUUACUUCCUGUUAUUGAUUGGAUAAAGACACAUGGAAAUCCCCAACUUGCAUUCCAUCAAGCAAGGAUUGAACUGGGAUGGUUUCAGGCCACUGCCACUGGUUAUUAUCAGCUAGGUAUUUUGGUGAUAGUUGGUGAUAAUUCUCUUAACUCACACCAGGGUGAUUUGACACCCAGGAUUCAUGAGACCUACCCAAGCAAUGAUGCUAUUAGUACCCAGAGAAGUUUUCAGCAGCUACAACAGAGUCAAUCUAUAGGCCAUGGAUUAACCAGUAAACGGAUCACAGAUGGGAUUAAUGGAGGUUUAAUAAACAUUGCUACUAUAAAGUCUUUGGAGGUUAGAAGGGACCUACUGUUUCCCGUCUCUCUUCUAUGGCAUAACACAAGACCUGUUGGGCGUGAGGAUACCCUGCAGCUGCUCAUAUCUGUGAUGCUUUUAGCUGAUCUUUCAGUCACCCUUCUUAUGCUUGUUCAAUUUUAUUGGAUCUCUCUCGGCGCUUUCCUUGCUGUCUUGCUCAUCCUUCCUCUAUCUUUGCUUUCUCCAUUCCCAGCUGGCUUGAAUGCCUUAUUUAGCAGAGGUUACAAGAGAGCUUCCCUUGCUCGCAUCUAUGCAUUAUGGAAUGCAACCUCUUUGGCAAACAUUAUGAUUGCUUUUAUUUGCGGUGUGGUUCAUUACGGCCUCGCCUAUUUCCAGCCACCCGAGGAUAUUAACAUGUGGAACACAAAAAGGGAGGAUGACAAAUGGUGGCUCCUGCCAACCAUCCUGUUGUUGUUUAAGGCGAUUCAAGCCCGUUUUGUGGACUGGCACAUAGCAAACCUAGAAGUUCCAGAUUUUUCUCUGUAUUGCCCAGAUGCCGACACUUUUUGGGCAUACGAGCCUUCUUAAGAACUUUCAACAGCUCCAAAAGAUGCUCCUGGAUCGAUCAAUUAAGCCAGCCAGUCAGUCAGUCAUAGCCAUAUUGUGAAUUCGUUCUGUAUAGGUCUCUCUUUCUUUUUCUCUCUUCCAUGUUCAUGGUGGUUUGGUUUUUGUAAUGGUAGUAGUAAUGGAAAGAGAACCUGAUAUAAACUGAAGAAACUUAAUUUUUUUCAUUGAAAUGAGCCAUGUCCAUAAUAGAUAAGAUUUAGUAGAUGGAGGAUGGUAGAGAAAAUGACUCUAGAGGAUAAUAGGUCACCUGGAAUUCAGACAUGAAAAAGUUUUGUACAGCCACGAAGAUGGAAAAGAAAAUGACUCAAAUAUUACUGUGAUAGUG